AUGGCCGGUGACAACAAUAACCGCAAGGGCAAAGAUAAGUGGAAUCGCCCACGAACCAACGACAGAAGAGACAACAAGCGUCAACGAAGAGACGACAACCAAAAAGAAGGAGAAGGGAAGGAGAGUCGAGUAUGGGGCCCUAGAGAAGACAAUGGCGAGCCCAGAGAGCCCAGAAAACCUAAGCGCAAGGUAGCAGUCAUGAUUGGCUACUGUGGUACAGGAUACUGCGGUAUGCAGAUUAACCCUCCCAACAAGACUAUUGAGGAAGACUUGUACAAGGCUUUUGUUGAGGCAGGUGCUAUUUCCAAGGACAAUGCUGGUGAUUUGAAGAAGAGCGGCUUUAUGCGUGCAGCUAGAACCGAUAAGGGUGUUCACGCGGCAGGCAAUGUGGUUUCUCUGAAGCUCAUUAUCGAAGAUCCUGAUAUUGUUGAAAAGAUCAAUUCUCAUCUUCCAGACCAGAUUCGCGUGUGGGGCAUCAGCAGAACCAACAAGGCAUUUGAGUGCAGAAAAAUGUGCAGCUCACGUAUUUAUGAAUACCUUAUCCCCAGUUAUUCGUUUCUUCCACCAAAGCCUGAGUCUGCUCUUGCAGAGCGACUUGAGGCUGCCAACAAGAAAUACCCCGGUGUCAAGAGAGCUGAUCCUGAGGGUGAGAAGUUCUGGAGUGAUAUUAAGAAGAAGCUUUUGGAGGAAGGGAUUGUUGAGAGUGACAUUAAAAAGGCUCAGAAAAUUGCAGAGGAUAAGGAGCAAGAAGAACUGCAACAGACACAGCAGAAGAUUUUAGAUGCUAGAGCAAAGUCUCAAGGCAAGAAAGAAGAAACUUCUGAGGAAAAGGCCAAUGCUGAGAAAGAAGCUGAAGAGAAAGCUGAGGAAGAGGCUGAAGAAAAGAUUGAAGAAACUGCUGAAGAAAAGUCUGAAGAAAAGUCUGAAGAGGAUGUUAAUACUCCUGAAGAAAAGGCUUCCAAGCUCAAAUUUUCUGAAAUGGUCAAGAAGAUCAAGAUUGCUGAACACGAAGCACGCCGCGCUUACCGCAUUACCCCUGAGCGUUUGGAGCUGAUUCGAGAAGUUCUUAAGCAAUAUGAGGGUGUUCAUAACUUUCACAACUUUACUAUUUCCAAGACGUUUAAGGACCCCAGUUCUCAGCGCAAUAUGAAGAGCCUGACAGUUUCUGAGGGAAAAAUUAUUGAAAACACCGAGUGGCUGUCAAUUAAGAUCCAUGGUCAGUCGUUUAUGAUGCACCAGAUCCGUAAGAUGAUUGCCAUGACGGCACUCAUUGUCCGCUGCGGUACCCCAGUUUCACACCUUAAGGAGGCAUUUGGGCGUGCCGAUCUUAACAUCCCCAAAGCUCCUGGACUUGGUCUUUUACUUGAGCAGCCUGUUUAUGAUGCUUACAACCUACGCCUUGGUACCUUUGGCUAUGACCCCUUGAGCUUUGACAAGUGGAAGGAUGAAGUCGAGGCUUUCAAGUUCAAGCAUAUUUAUGAUAAGAUUUACUCUGAGGAGGAACGCGAGCACGUUUUCCACAAGUUCUUUUCGUUCAUCGAUAGCUUCCGCGGAGACUCCACAUUUGGUUAUCUUGCUGUGGGUCCCAAGGAUGUUGGUGCAGAAGAGGAAAAGUCUUCAAAUGGCAUUGCCGCUGGUGUUGCUGCUGGCGUUGCAGCCGGAGCUGCAGCAGUUGUUGCAUCAAAGUUUGUUAUGGCGGGUGAUGACGAGGAUGAUGAGCUUCCUCCAGAUGCUGAUACUGAGGGUUAA